UUGUAAUUAGCAGAUGAUAAUUAUGAGGGUGAAGUGUUUGCACCUUCAUUUGGUGAUUAUUAAAGUGAAGAGAGCAGACAAAUACUGAGAUUUUAUACAUAUGACUUUGUACACGUUAUUCAUAGAAGGAGAUGGAAAAUAAUAAAUCUAUAGAAGACGAGGUUUGGUCCGAUGAAGAAGUUUAUCAUACAUUUACACAAGAGGAACUUUUAGGACCUGUGAUAGCAACGCAAACAAAAGACAAUGAUUCCGACACUACAGAUUCGGAAGAUAUUCCAUUAGCUGCUCUUGGCAGAAAAAAGAAGCAACCAGUUAAAAGGAAACUUAUCCAAAGUGAUAGUGAAUCAGAUCAUGAUGAUAGUGCUGAUGAUGAAAAUUAUGAUCCUAACAAAGAUGAGAUCAAUUCAACUGAUUCAGAAUUCAAUGUUAAGAAGGUGAAGACAAAAGAAAAGAGACGUGUGCUAAUGAACAAGCAAAGAGAAACUGCAUGGAAAAAGAAAACCAAGAAAUUGAAAAUUCGAAAGAAAAAUAAUAAAAGGAGAAUAAGUCAAAAGUGUACUUGCCAAGAAAUUGAGAGAUAAAAUAAUAUUGUUGCAAAACAGACGAAAGGUAGCCAGUGUAGCGGUUAAUAGAGCACAGAAAAUCAGCCAACAUAAUUGCACAAUCCAGGCUAUGAUCAGAAAAGCCCAUACAGGACGACUUGACACACUUCUUGCUUGUAAUGAGCUGCCCAGGGGAGCAUGUGAAAUCGCCACAUGCUUAUUAAAGAACACAUUAUCUGUCUGCCAUAGAAGCAAUGUCAAUGAAAUAAUAUAUUUUUCUGAUACAUGUGGAGGUCAAAAUCGGAAUCAGUACGUAACUGCGUCACUGUUGUAUACCAUAUCGCAAGUACCAAACCUGAAAGUCAUUAGCCACAAAUUUCUACUUUCAGGCCAGUCCCAAAUGGAAUGCGAUUCAGUCCAUUCAACCAUUGACCGUGCCAAAAAAGUAACGCCAGUGUAUGUUCCAUCCCAAUGGUGUACUUUAAUUUCUCUGGCAAGAAAAUCACAGCCAUAUGUAACUAUACCAAUGAAAUACAAUCAUGUAAUGGACUUCAAAGACUUUGUAAAGAUUCAUUGUACAAAUCUAAAAACAUCAGUCACUGGACAAAGAAUAAACUGGCUUAAGGUAAAGUGGAUACAAGUGCGAAGGGACAAUCAAAGAUCAGUAUUUGUGAACUACAGCUUUGACGUCAACCAAUUUCAGGAAAUUCAAGUACAGAAAACAACAAGAAAACAGAAAGGUGUUCAUAACACUUGGCCAACUUGUGAGUCAGAUUAAAAGCGUUGUUACGACACAAAACUGCCAAUAUCAAUUCAAUAGAAAACUGACCUUGUUAAUUUAUGCUCAAAAGAAAUCAUUCCUGAGGAGUUUCAUUCUUAUUACGAGUCCUUACCGACGAGCAGUAAGGAAAAGGAUUUUGUUCCUAUGGAGUCAGAUGAGGAAGAUACUGAUAUCGAGUGAAGAAUGUUGACAUUGUGGAUAUUACGGGUGCUGUACAUUUAUGUCAAAAACUGAAAUU